GAGGUUCAGGGCUAGCCAUGGAGGAGUUAGCAAGCAGCAAUGCUUCUUUAAUGAAGAUGUUUGAAAAGAAGGUGCAAGGGUUUAUUGAUGAAGUAGAAAAUAAUCAGAUCGUCUGGUUACAGGAAAUCCAGGAAGAAGCUGUAAAGAUGUUUUGUAGUAAUUUCAGUGAAGAGCCACAACUGAUGCCUAAUCCACCAUCACAGAAAAAGAAAGGAAGAAAGAAGAGAUCUUCCUUUAGAAGAGUUGAAAAUCAGAAUCCAAAUAGAAGGAGACUGUCCAGGACAAGAAGGAGUACUGUCAGUCGUUCUUCUGUGAAAGUGUUAUCCUUGAACCUUAUAAAUGAAGAACUACAGAAAGAAUCUCUUAAAGUGGAGGAUUUGGAGCACUCCAAACCUUUAAAGGCAACUCUCAAUGAAAACAAAGCUUCCAGUGUUACCAAGUCAUGUGCUAAGACUUUGUCGGAAAAGAAAGUUGUAGUCGAGAUCACUUUGAAUGACCGUCUAGCUGCAGAAAUUCACCAGAAAAACAUAGAUGUUCAUGAAACAAUAGGGAAUCUUGAGGAAAUGUGUCCAGAAGAUGUUAGCUCUGAUACAGAAAGAAGUACCUUUGAAAGUCACAGGCCUUCUGGACAGCGUUCUAUUGCAGGUCACAGAUCACUUCUCAGGAUACGCAAAAGCCUGACCCGAGAGUCUAUGUGCAGGGCAAGCCAAUGCUCUGUUCACAAGAAGGCUAUGCUGAAGUCCUCCACCUCAAGUUCAAGAAACAGCAACGGCAAAGCUGAACAUUCUGCAGACCACCUGAAAAGGCACACUUUCUGUCUUCCAUCCAUCAGUUGCAAGCAAGCAGUAGCGGAGUUAAACAGUCAGGGAGAAGAUUGUCAGGCUGAUCAGCCAGUCAUUCCAGUGAAGAAACCUCUCCCUGUUGUCAGUGUUCCUAAAAGCCACCGUGCAAUGAAACCACACCUGAAGUCAUUCCUUCGUACUGUGCAAAAAAACCAGCUGGGUCAAUCAGCCAUUGUCAAAUACUUCAUUAAAUGUGCUACCCGACUCAAAGUUGAUAUCACGGAAAAAGAGCGACAAUUUCUUGAAAUGCUAAAAAAGAAAGUAGAUCAAAAAAUAGAACGAAAAAAGAAAAUGGAAGAAGAAAAGAAACUGAAACUAGAAGAAGUGAAAAGGAAACGCAAAGAGCAUUUAAAAAAGGUAACUGAGGCCCGUGAGCGAGAGGAGCAGAAAGAAAAAGCCAAAAAAAGGAAAAUUGUGCAAAAGUUUGCCCAAAUGAAGGAAAAGAAUGACAAGGAAGAAGAGGAACGAAAAGAUCUGGAGUUACUUCAGAAGAAGAGAGAGGAAGAAGAACAAGAGCGUGUAAAAAAAAUGGCUGAAGUUAAGAGACUUAAACAAAUAAAACAGGAGAGACAGCUUGCUGCAGAGAAAAAACUCCAAAGGAAGAGGGUGCAGGAGCGCAUUCGGAUUAAACGGAAACAACGUCUUCUUGAAAAAAAAAAGGCUAUUGCUGUACAGAUGGAGGUUGAGAAGGUAGCUAAAAAAAAGGCUUUAUGGGAGGCUGCCAAAGAGAAGGAGAGACUACAGAAGGAGGCAGAGAAGUCUCCUCAGUCAUAUCAAGUGAGUAUUGCACAUUUCGAUUCCGAAAACUUUGUGAUGGAUCUAAACAGUGAUGAUUCAACUGAUGAUGAAAGUGCUCCAAGAAAACAUAUUCCUUCCUGGGCACAAGGGCAAAAGCUAAACCAGGCAGUAGUGGAUCAUUACUAUAAUCCCCCUGAUACUGACAAACGAUAUGGUAAGAUAGAACCACCUAAUCUGGAGGAAAUUUUCUGUAAAAGUAAACCCCGAUACUUGAAAAGAACAAGCUCAGCUGUGUGGCACUCGCCACCAAAGAGGACCAACCUCAACAGUGUUUCAAUGAUGGUCACCUGUUAA